UCUUUCCCCUUCCGUAUAAAUUUGGACCCCUCCUCUCUCUCUCCUUUUCUCCAUCACACAACCGCAUAAAUUCGCACGCAAAUUCUUACGCAACCGCCGCUCUCUCUCUCUCUCUCUCUCGUGCCGCCGCCUCUGUUACGUUUUUGCUCGCUGUGAUUUUCUCUCGGUGCAGAUCUGAAUAAGCGCCGGAAAUGAAAGAUUUCGGAAUCGUCCAGAAGAUUUCUAGACCUUUCCGUGCCAACCCUAGGCUCUCCAAUAUUCUCCUCGUCGUCGCCGUCAGUGGCGGCGGCUAUGUGGCUUAUGCUCAGGCGAACUCUGACUCUGACCUGAUCAGUAGUAGUGCACCUGAUGUGGAAAGAAAGAAGGUGGUUGUACUUGGAACUGGGUGGGCAGGAACAUCUUUCUUAAGGAGUCUGAAAAAUUCUUCAUAUGAUGUUCAUGUUGUAUCUCCUAGGAAUUACUUUGCGUUCACCCCUUUACUACCAAGUGUUACCUGUGGUACCGUGGAGCCUCGGAGCAUUGUUGAACCAAUUCGUAACAUUGUCAGAAAGAAAAAGAUUGGCUUUCAAUUCACUGAAGCUGAGUGUCUCAAGAUUGAUGCAAAAGAGAAGAAAGUCUAUUGCCGAUCUAAUCUAGAGAAUGGGGAAAAAGAAUUUGUUGUGGACUAUGACUACCUUGUAAUAUCUGUGGGAGCAAAUGUUAAUACAUUCAAUACUCCUGGUGUGAUGGAGAACUGCCAUUUCUUGAAGGAAGUAGAAGAUGCCCAGAAGAUACGAAAAACUGUUAUUGAAUGCUUUGAAAAGGCUAGCCUGCCAACUGUAAGUGAUGAGGAGAAGGAGAGAAUUCUUCAUUUUGCCGUUGUUGGAGGUGGCCCAACUGGUGUGGAGUUUGCUGCAGAACUUCAUGACUAUGUGAAUGAAGACUUGGUCAAAUUAUAUCCUGGGGUAAAAGAUAAAGUUAAAAUAACACUUCUCGAGGCCGGAAAUCACAUUCUGAGUAUGUUUGAUAAAAGAAUCACGGAGUUUGCUGAAGAAAAAUUUCGCAGAGAGGGUAUUAAUGUAAAAACUGGAGCAAUGGUUACCAAAGUAGAUGAUAAACAAAUCACUACCAAAGAAAUGAAAACUGGGGAAAUUUCCACCAUGCCAUAUGGAAUGGCUCUCUGGUCAACUGGUAUUGGAACGCGGCCUUUCAUAAGGGAUUUCAUGAAUCAAAUUGGUCAGGCUAAUAGACGUGUUCUAGCAACUGAUGAAUGGUUACGAGUGGAGGGAUGUGACAAAGUCUAUGCACUUGGUGAUUGUGCCACAAUCAAUCAGCGAAAAGUCCUGGAAGAUAUCUCUGCCAUAUUCAGUAAGGCAGACAAGGACAAAUCAGGAACACUUACAGUUCAGGAAUGGAAAGAAGUCAUCAAUGACAUUUGUGAAAGAUAUCCUCAAGUGGAGCUUUAUUUGAAGAACAUGCAGAUGCGCGAUAUUGUUGAUCUUUUGAAGGAAACAAAGGGCGCUAGUGCAACCAAAUCAGCGGAGCUGAACAUUGAAGAUUUCAAAAUAGCUCUUUCUAAAGUGGAUUCCCAGAUGAAAAUGCUUCCAGCUACAGCCCAGGUUGCAGCUCAAGAAGGUGCCUACCUUGCCAGUUGUUUCAACCGUAUGGAAAAGUGUGAGAAAUAUCCAGAAGGUCCUCUCAGGUUUCGAGGAGAAGGUCGCCAUCGGUUCCAUCCCUUCAGGUACAAGCAUCUUGGUCAAUUUGCUCCUUUGGGAGGUGAGCAAACUGCUGCACAACUCCCUGUUCUUCCCGGUGAUGGGGUGUCAAUUGGCUACAGUUCCCAGUGGCUUUGGUAUUCUGUUUAUGCAAGCAAACAAGUUAGCUGGCGCAACAGGGGAAUGGUCAUUUCAGACUGGGUAAGGCGUUUCAUUUUCGGAAGGGAUUCUAGUCAGAUUUGAGGGGAGACAUCAUCUUGACUAUACGGUUCACACAUUUACCACAAUUUUGGCAAUAAACAAGUUUUUGUUGAACGUGGAAUUAAAAGUAGUGAUCUCUUGUUGAAACCCAACAAGUCUGACCAGUUCUGCUUUUGAUGAACAACAUUCCGUAGGGAUUAUUACAAGGUCCCCAAUUUUGCUGAAUGUAGUCUAUUCACACCCGUUCUUUAUAGUCCUAUCGGAGACACCAAGUUUCUCUGGAUUUUGUUUCUGUAGGAAGUACUUUGAUUCAUUUGAUUCAUUAAAAUGAUCAUCAUAAAGGUCAUACCAAAAUAAAUGUCCCUUCAAUCAGUUAUCGAGUAUUUGUAUAGACCCUAAGCAUUGGCAAUUGGAUCUUAACAAGAGUAUGAAUUUCUUUCUCA